UGUUUGUUGCCAUCUCCUUCUCUUAGGAUGAGAGUGCGAGGAAAUUAGGGAAGAUAAUCGUUUCCAAAGUAGCUGGGAAAGGAGAGAAAUCAGCAAGCAGGUCUUUUCAGACACUAACUCCUACCUCCCAGACCCAUGGAUGCCGCAGAGUUCCGCAAAAGAGGGAAGGAGAUGGUGGACUAUGUUGCCGAUUACCUGGAAAAGAUAGAUAAACGACAGGUCUUCCCAGAUGUGGAACCAGGAUAUCUGAGGCCGCUCAUUCCAGAUUGUGCACCGCAGGAUCCUGAGAGCUUUGAGGAUGUCUUUAAAGACAUUGAGAAGAUCAUUAUGCCAGGGGUGACUCACUGGCACAGUCCAUACUUCUUUGCCUACUUCCCUGCAGCCAGUUCUUUCCCAGCUCUUCUUGCAGAUAUACUGUGUGGUGGAAUAGGAUGUGUUGGCUUCUCAUGGGCUGCAAGUCCAGCUUGCACAGAGCUGGAGACCGUCGUGCUGGAUUGGCUAGGGAAGAUGAUUAAUUUGCCUGAAGAGUUUUUAGCUGGGAAGGAUGGACAAGGUGGAGGCGUCAUUCAGGGAAGUGCCAGUGAAGCCACACUGGUUUCACUGCUUGCUGCAAGAACAAAAACUAUUAGAAGGGUGCAAUCAGAAAAGCCUGAGGUAACAGAAGCAGAAAUCAUGGGCAGGCUGGUGGCCUAUGCUUCGGAUCAGGCCCAUUCGUCUGUGGAAAGGGCUGCAUUAAUCAGUGGUGUGAAGAUAAAAAGUGUUCCUUCGGAUGAAAGAUUUACUGUUUGUGGUUCAGCUCUAAAGAAAGUUUUGGAGGAAGACAAAGCUGCUGGUCUUAUCCCAUUCUUUUUUUGUGCAACACUUGGAACCACCCCGUGCUGCUCCUUUGACAAACUGUUAGAACUGGGUCCUCUUUGUAAUAGAGAAAAUAUCUGGAUGCAUAUUGAUGCAGCCUAUGCUGGGAGUGCAUUCAUCUGCCCUGAAUUCAGGCAUCUUUUAAAUGGAGUGGAGUUUGCAGAUUCAUUUAACUUUAAUCCUCACAAAUGGCUUCUAGUGAAUUUUGACUGCUCUGCAAUGUGGGUGAAAAAAAGAUCGGAUUUAAUAGGUGCUUUUAAAUUGGAACCUCUUUACCUGCAGCAUCACCAUCAGGAGUCUGGUCUUGUAACAGAUUACCGGCACUGGCAAAUCCCCCUGGGGAGGCGGUUCCGCUCGCUGAAGCUCUGGUUCGUGCUGAGGAUGUACGGGGUGACGGGGCUGCAGGAGCACAUCCGCAAGCACGUGAGGCUGUCCCACCAGUUUGAACGCUUGGUGCUUCAGGACGAACGAUUUGAGAUCUGUGCCGAGGUCAUCCUGGGACUCGUCUGUUUCCGGCUAAAGGGCUCCAACGAACUAAACAAGGCACUUCUAAAGACCAUAAACGACGCCAAGAAGAUUCAUCUGGUCCCGUGCCACCUGCGAGAAAAGUUUGUGCUGCGCUUUGCUAUUUGCUCCCGCACGGUGGAAUGCGCCCACGUGCAGUUCGCCUGGCAGCACAUCUCACAGCUGGCAACGGAGCUCCUAGAAACAUGGGAGCCAAACCAGCAGCAGCAGCAGGAGCAGGAGCAGUGCUGAAAGAGCAGCGGGCAGGAGGGAAUCAACUGGCUUGCUCUGUGUCGCCAAGUUCUGUUUUAGGGGCAGGUGGGAAAUUCAAAUUACGCGAGGAGAAAAUCCCUAAGUGUUGUCCUAUAGCCCAGCUGUAUUAGCACAUUGCCCUAUAGCCCAGCUCAUUGCCAGCAAGUUGUGUUGUGACCUCUGCCAUCACUCUGCGCUCUGUGAUUUCACCCUGGCUCUUUGGGGUUGGACGUAGCCGAAGGUGCUGGAGCGGUGCUCUCCUUCCUCUGUAAUCCCAAGCGCUUACGGAGGCAGCACAUUGUCCCCAUAAACCCCUGGCACAUCCACACCCUCUUCCCAGAUGAAACCAUGAGGAGACAUAACUAAUUAAUAAACACCAGGAUGACCUCAUAAAAUUCAGACUAUAGGGAGCUCCGUAGUCCAGUUGUAGUGCUGCUUGGGCCUAGCUAAACCGGCUAGACAAACGCUGACCCAGCCCGGGCACUGCCCUGUCACGACGCACUUGCCACAGUAGUUUGGCAAGAGGAGUUAAGCCCUUGGGGACUUCUCUCCCUCGAGAUCCAAACCAGGGGUGCGUGGGCACCACGUGGGCGCCGGCAGCGCUCUCGGCAGGUUCGCUGCUCCCCCGUCAAGGGUUUGCUUUCAAAGAGCCGUUUUCAGAAGCCUCAGCGAGCGGUUUGCACGGCUGCCUACGCGUGUUCACUCUGAGCGCUCCUAACAGUGCCUCUUACACGCUCCUUGCCAGGGGGUUGUGUCAAAACCGAUGCGCUACCUGGUCUUCCCUGUUACUAAUCGGGCUACUAUAAGCAGUAAUUACUUGAAAAAUAAUUUGAAAAAUAUCUUUUGAGGAAUGGAGCACCAUGAUUUUUAUGGCUACUGUGGUAUUUAUUUCAGUGUGUGUGUGUACACAGAGUGAUUGCAAAAAUGAUGCUUUUGGUUUCUCAAAUUAGUUUAAAAGUGAAGAACAGGCCCCAAAAUAUACUUUGGUAAUCUCAUCAGUGUUUUUGUUCCAUCAACAAGUAAGUCUGAAAUAUAAAUGUAAUGAAAAAAAAGCAGUCUUCACAAAGUAAAGUAAUAUGCAGUGACACCACUACAUAAAUUCCAAAGAUAGUUCUACAUAUUCCCAAAAGAUUAUCUGCAGGAUUUAUUGCUAUGUUUUAUUUGUCUUAAUCUUUCCCUUUUGUUGUUCUUUUCAUUGAACAACUUUAUACUGAACAACUUCCCAAACUGCUGAGUUUCCUUCCUCUAUGCCAUGCAAGGUGCCUCCUACAUCCAUGAAGUUACGUGGGUGCCUCAGGUCAGUUAGCUGGGCACCGAGUCUGCUUCUAUCCAGAAGGGAUGAUGGAAGCACCCUGUGGACCAGGUAGAUUUUUUUCUGAGCUAGGAGUAGAUUUCUAUUUCAUUAAAGAGCUGAUUUCAUGUUUAGCAGAUGAAGCAAACUAAAACAAAUGAAUCCUGCAGAAACAAGUAAUAUUCCAGCAGGUGAGGGAGCCAUUCCCCAAGAUACUGCUCUCAGCUACAUGAUCAGAUAUGCUGAUAACAUUGUUAUCUUUAGCAGAACUGAUUUGAAAUCAAGGCUUCCUGUGAUAGCGCAGUACAAUAAAUUUGAGCUGAACAGAACUGAAAAGGCUGGUAGCUAUUUUUGUUAUUUCUCUUAUUUUUAAAGCAGCAGUAGUCUUCUCUCAUGACUUGGGAAACAAAAUUCAUUCAUAGCAAAUACAGUCCAUACUGGCAUAAUUUUUAUAGCUUUCCCAUUAUGAAAACUUGAGAAUCCUGGAGUUGGAGAAGAACUCCACCUUCUGUAGGAGCCAGGACAAUAUUUUGAUAUUUCAUCUGUGAAGUAUGUGAACAAUGAGGAAAAAAAAAAAAAAGAGAUGAGAUUCUGACCAAAGCUAUGCAAGAGUAAAUCCGGGCUAAUUCCCCUGAAAUUAAACAGAGUUGCUUUGGGUUAUGUGACUGUUCAACGUGCAAUUGAAAUUAAAACCUGACUAAGAGGAAUUGGAAAUGAAGUGCAUAAUGUCAAACAACACGACGCUGAACAUAAGAGGUCCUCAGCAGAGAUCCCUUCCUGCCCGUGGAAGACCCGGAGCGCCGCAGGAAGUGGGACGUGCUCAGGACAUGCAGCCAAGGCCAGGCACGGGGAAACAGCCCGGACGGGUGGCCAAGAUGCCGUGAGACCUCCCGUGGGAAACGGGCACCAAAGCAACAGCCACUGAGCCUUCGUUGGCACUCAGGAUGUCAGCUCCUUGUCCGGACACCAAAGGUCCUUCUGGCAGAGAACAGAGUGUAACGGUUGGGUUAAAACAUGGUGAAUAAAGUUGUUUAUUUAUAAAGAAGGGAUUUAAGCAUAACUUUAGCCAGGAGUGGUGAGAACACCCAUGGAAUUACAUUUCCCCAUAGCUGGCACAAUACAGAAAUCUAAAUUUCAUAGUUGCAUUUAUUUUUUCCCUGAAAUCCUGGGAUGAUCUGAAUCUGUAAUCAAUGAAGGUGUAUUUAGCAGUCUCUCAUGUUCUCUUUUCCCAAGACAUCUUAAAAAAAAAAUCUGGGCUAUAUCAUCAACUCGAACAAAAGUGUUGAAAAUAGCGUUUUUGAAAGAAAAAGCCUAAGCGGUGUUUCUGUUCCGUAGCUCUGCAAUGUAUCUCUAAGUGAAAUUACUUCUGGUGGUGAACGCUGUAUUUAUGAAUAGUUAAUAUGUCGACCUGGAUUUAUUGUGCCUUGUGUCUGUGCUGAUUAAUACUGUUUGAUGUUAAUUAUGAAAUCUUGGAAUUGCACUUUAGUAGUAUAUCCAGAUCUCAAAUAAGACAGUGCAGCUACUAGACAAGGAAUGGGGAAAAAAGCAAUUUUUUCAGUAACCGUACAGAGUUUUAUUUUAAACUAGUACAAUGCUAGUACAAUAUUUACAUUCUUAUUAAUAAUGACAGAUUAUAUUUUAUUACUGAUUAUAAAAUAUUGAAAAGAUACGUAUUUAUCAAUUUAUUGCCAACAUAUUCCGCACUGCGUUAUAAUUAUUAAAUUUCUAAUUUAUUUUUGCCUUCACAAAAAAAGCUUCUGUUAAAGGAUGAUUUUAUCUGUUGCCAGCUGCAGUAUGAUAUGAUGAUGAGUAGCACUCACGUUGCCACUGCCUUAACUGUGGUCUGAACCUUUAGACUAUACGUACACUUGAACUGCUCAAAGGCAGGAGC